UUCAUAUUUGUUUUUAAUUUAGUUAAUAAGAUGGAUAAUCAAAAGAGAAAUAAAAGAACAACUAGGGACCAAAUGAUAAUUAUAAUAAAUUAUAUUAAUAUAAACAAAAUUUUAAUAACUGGCAAAUGCCAUCCUCUCAAAGCUAAGGAAUUGGAAGAAAAAUGGGACGAACUUGUAAAUAUGCUUAACACAGUAGAGAAUGGAGCCAGAAAAGAUAAAAAACAGUGGAAACAUUUUCUAGCAGAAUGGAAGUCAAAAGUAAAAAAGAAAGCGAGAAUGGUGAAAGAUUCACUGAAAAAAACUGGCGGUGGAAGUGGAUUAACGGAACUGAGUGAUAUAGAAAGUAUGUUAAUGGAUGUAAUAGGCUGGGUAUCAGUAACUGGUUGUCAUGAACUACCACUUGAAACAGACCCCAACGAAGAGAUUAUUGAACUGGAAUUUCAAGGAGAUAUGAGGGAAAAUUUAGAAAAUAUAGAACUAGGAACUACUGAAGUUGAGCCAAAUAAAACGCUAGAUUAUGAAACGGUAGAAGCUGCAGAAAUAACAGCAGAGUCCACAACUCCUAUUCAAACCAAAAUAAAAAAUAAAAAAGCUGUUUAUACAACUAUGAAGACUAACAAAGUGAGAAGGGCAGGUAUAAAACAAACAUCAAAUGUAGGAGGAAGUUCGCUACUACAGCAGUCUGCAGAAGUGUUUGCUGAAAGCAACAAAUGUAUGGCGGAAGCUGUAAAAGAAAUGGCUUCCAGCGUUUCAGAAUUAGCUGUGGCUUUGGCAUCAAUUGCAGAAGCAUUGAAAUGUUUGGCACAUAAGAAAGGGGAAACCUGUGCUUAAAUAAGUAUUUGUUUUACUUACCAUCAUUAGAUUUUGUAUA